AUGAAAAUUGACCGCUUUCGCUCUGUCUGGGGAAUUGCCCCGGGUUCCAACCUUGACAACUGGGCUCAGGAAUUCCCGCAAUUGAAGGCCCAUGGAUAUAGUGGUGAAGUAGACAUCCAUGGGCUUGAACCAAGCAAGGACUUCCCACACCUGAAGGAACUUUGUGACCAGAAUGGCCUCGAAAUCGGAUUGAUGUUCCACUCGUCCUGGUAUGGAUACCUCGAUCCUCGCCCAAUGGGCACAAAAGCAGACCACCAUUUGACAAACUAUCGACACUUCCUCCAAUUGGUUCAACAAUUGAAGCCUUCAUAUAUGAAUUUCCAAUCCGGCGAGGAUCUUUGGGAUGUCGAAGAGUCUAUCAAAUUCUACAAGGGCACACUGGUUGUUGACAAGGAAAUUGGAGUCUCCGAUCGUGUCUGGCACGAAACGCACCGCAACCGAUCCCUUUUCAUGCCUUAUGCCACACAGCGCAUCCUAGAAGCUGUCCCAGAACUCCGAAUCAACGCCGAUUUCUCCCACUGGAUGGUUGGAUGUGAGCGAGUCCUCGAUAUCAGCGAAGGUGACAAGCUCAUGAUGAAUGCAAUCAUCCCACACGUGUACCACAACCAUGCACGAAUCGGAACAACACAAGCAUCGCAAUGCCCAGAGCCGACCAACCCUGUCUUUAAAGAGGAGAGAGAAUGUUUCGAGAGAAUCUGGAAACAGGUCAUCGCGGCUCGGGUCAAAAUCUCUGGGUCCGAUUCGAGACUUAUUUUCGUGCCGGAAUAUGGACCAUUCCCGUAUCAUCCUAUCGGCAGCACUAAGACUCAUGGCGAGGUUGCGGAUGACGAGGGUAAGCGUUUGGAGGCUUUGUUCGGGGAGUAUGCUGCAAGUUUGACUGUUUGA